UUGACCUCUUCUCUCCUGAGCUGCGACGUUCUUCUUUUACUGAGCUCGUUCUUUCUCUCUCUUUUCUUUCUUCUUUGGCCGGUCCCACCUCGUCUGCAUUCAGCCAGACCUUAACGAGACGCAGGACAACGUCUCUCUUUCUUACCCCAGUUGUCAGCGACAGCCUUGGGAUUUUUGGGCCAUAACGAGUUUUUCAAUCGAUGUGCACACUCCUUCGGUGGUAAUCCUCUUUUCAAAAUGCACCGGGCAACGAUCUUUCCUUACAAGCGUGGCCAGGCCCCGGUUCUGAUGGUCAUUGUCGUAUUUGCUAUUCUGUCGAUACUAGCGGUUGGCUUCAUCCUGAUACAUGUAUCAUGGGUUUCUAUCCAUGCACUAUUGGUGAAGCGAGGGAUGGCUCAAGGGCGUCUAAGAAAGCGCUCCUUCUUCCAGACGCAGCUGGGCGCUUAUACAGUCUCUCUCCUGCUCAGCAAUCUUUUGACAAGCAUUGCUCUCACCAUCGACAAUCGCUGGCUUCAACAGGACCAUGUGCAAAUCGGCGCGCUAUGUAGUGCACAAGGGUUCAUUCUGUUGCUGGGAAAUACUGCGGGUGCCUACUUUACCGGUACAAUUGCCGUGCAUGCCUUCAACACCCUCGUGUGUCACAAUCGCUUGCCGGCAUGGUUUUGCAAGCUUGCCGUCGUCAGUGGUUGGGUGAUUGCUGCUGUCAUCGCCAUCUUGCCAUUCCUCGUCCACGAAAGGAAAAGAGGACCAGUCUACGGAUUCGACGGCCUGUCCUGUAGCAUUUCGAUGCGUCAUUCCGUGUUGACAGUGCUUUUGCAGCUGCUGCCGAUGUUCCUUGCGAUUUCUAUUUCUUUGGUAUUCUACAUACUCAUAUACUUAGUUCUUCGUGGGACUAUGGUAAUCCGCGGUGGAUUGAAGUUCAAUUUUAGUUCUGAAGCUCGUCGAAGUGCUAUCAGCACCGCGGAACAUUCUUUACAGUAUCAUACAUUCAUCCGUGCAGUUGUUAGAAGCAUGUUCUGGUAUCCCGUAGCGUAUACGGUGUUAACACUAGCCCCUACCGUAACUGAUCUAAUGAAGAUCGCUGGGGAUCAGGUCCCAUUUUCAUUGCACAUAGUUGCCGACACAAGCACAGCCAUGUUCGGUCUCGCAAAUGCAUUCGUCCUGUGGAGAACCCUAAGGCUGCUAGCUCCUUUCAUCGCAAAUUGCACUGUGUCGCAAGAAAGGAGUAAUCGAGGACGCAAGUAGCAAUUGGAAAAGAGAGGACGACAAUUGCGAGAAACAAUCCUGUACACUCGGAGCCGACUAUCAGGCAAGGUCAGCGAUUGAAGACUUGCCAUCUCUGCCUUUUGCGCAUCCGGAAGCAUGUCGAAUUGCUCCACUCGAUCAAGAUGCAGGUUCAGACGAUUCGUUGCAUUUUUUACAACCGA